AGUAACUUUGAUGUUUAAUGUUUUUUUUUUCUUUCAUUUUCCCCCUUGGUUGUAAUAUGUAUACUAGGUUUGUUUUUUUACGAACCAUUGCUAGAAGGCUGCCACUGAUAAUACACAAUACUUUUUCCUUAACAUACGGAAAGACAAUGCAGUUCAUCCACUAAUCAUGAUUGGUUGACUGCUGUUUGUUCUGUUAUAGUACAUGCCUGCUCUAUAACCAUGACUAUACAAUUGUAUUGCCUCUGUAGAUUACCUUUAAGACAAGCAGUCUGCCCAACACCAGAACAGCAAUAAUGCAUUUCUGCAGUUCAUUUCUAAUCAGAAAUAUAGGGUCCAUGAAGGUUGCAUGUUUUUUAAAUGAAGGCUUUAAAAUUAUAGUUUCAAGAGCAAAUAACUUCAAAUUAUUAUUAUUAUUAUUAUUAUUAUUAGCAGUCGCCCUUACCCAGGGCUACUUACAGUUGUAUACCAAAAAAUACAUAUCAAGAAUUACAGCACAAUUAAGAGCAAAAUACAAUGACUUCAGUCCUAAUAAGAGCAAAUACAAAACACAGUACGAUUUGAUAUCAGGGCAGUUCAAGAGCAGAUAACAGUGUUGAUAGUUAUGUCAGGGUUACAUAAGAGUGCAAAUACAAAAUACUACAGAUUGGCUUCAGGAUUAAAUGCAGUAAAAUAGGGAGCAGAUAAGUGCAAGUUAAAGUGCAUUGAAGGCAGAGUGCUGUGUUGUCCAGAAGGGAAGAGUUGAGUUUUACAGGUGUUGAUCUAGGAAUACAGGGUGAAUGGGGGCACUAAAUAUCCUUCUAAACUAUCGAGAUAUCUGAUCAACAGAUAAUUGUAAUGAGCAAUCUGUCUUCAAGAGCAGUAGUACCCGAAAUAUUAUUCAUUUACUAGCAGCAGUGUGGAGUAGUGGUUAGGGCUCUGGACUCUUGACCAGAGGGUUGUGGGUUCAAUCCCCAGUGGGGACACUGCUGCUGUACCCUUGAGCAAGGUACUUUACCUAGAUUGCUCCAGUAAAAACCCAACUGUAAAAUGGGUAAUUGUAUGUAAAAAUAAUGUGUUAUCUUGUAACAAUUGUAAGUCGCCCUGGAUAAGGGCGUCUGCUAAGAAAUAAAUAAUAAUAAUAAUAAUAACUAGCAAUGCAGAAGGGCAUUGUGCAGCAUUUGUUCUUCAUUUCACCUUACAAAACAGGAUUCUGCAAAGGUGACUGGAAACACUGAACCACCUUGAAUGUAAUUGUUGAAAAUUAUUUUAGUUUCUUUUUCAUAUUACAUUGUUUCAUUUCCUCAUGCAUUUUCUGUUUUCUUUGCUCAAACCAUAUUUAUGUGUGCACAUGAUUUAAAUGAGAAAGCAGUGGUACCCUGGGAUUAGUAGAAGACACCAGGGGUGUUUUUGCAAAAUGGGAAGAUGAGGAAAUACAAUAAUGUUGAGUGGUUGGUGGUAAACUGAGCUUGGUUUCAACAUUAUUUCUCUGACGUCUGUUUUGAGAAUCUACUGAAAGACACACGCCAAUGUAAGGUUAUAAAAAGAUCUGUGUCUUGUUCCUCUUUAUCUAGGUUUGGUGGAAAUAGAGAGUGGCUUUGGGGUGGUUGAUAAGGAAAACAAACAAUCCAAAUAAAGAAAACUGUUAAUAAUAGUGUGAUGUACAUGUUGGUCACAUUCAUUUAGUUCCUGUUUAGAAGAACUGUACCUAUUUUCAUCAGCGAAGUUUAAAUCUUUGAUGUUUGUCUGAACUCUGCACUGGACGUACAAUGGCAAAACUUAAUGAAUGCAUUCCUUUUGGGCUCAUCUUGGUUGUUCCUUUAAUUGCCUAUGAGGCUGUCUCCCAGCCUGUGGUACACUCCCACCUGUCUGUCCCAUGGGGAGGUGCUGCUGGUCUGCACAGUGUAUAAAGGGGAUAAUGUUUCAUUUAACUGGAGUUUAGAUGGAGUGCCGCUGAAUACCAGCCUUGCUUACUUUAGUGAUGAAGAAUAUGUUGUAAUAUUGAAGAAGCAUGUCUCUGGUAAUCUUGUCUGCAUUGCUACAAACCAAGUCAGCACAAACCAGAGUGACUCUGUGAUAACCAACUGCUCAGAGCCUGUCUCUAAGCCUGUGGUACACUCCAGCUGUCUGUCCCAUGGGGAGGUGCUGCUGGUCUGCACAAUGGAUAAAGGAGAUAAUGCUUCAUUUAACUGGAGUUUAGAUGGAGUGCCACUGAAUACCAGCCUUCCUUAUUUCAGUGAUAAAGAACACAUUGUAAUAUUGAAGAAAAAUGUCACUGGAGAUCUUGUCUGCAUUGCUAAAAACCAAAUCAAUGAAGAGAAGAGUGACUCUGUGAAGUCAAACUGCUCAGGUUCUGAACCCAAGAUUAAUCCAACAUCCACGCCCAAUCUAGAGACCCAGUUCCAUUGCACCCUGGAGAAUGGGACUGUUAUCGAAUUAUCUGGGGGCAAAGAAGGAGAGGCUUUUCAGUUCUUAAUCAAUAAGAGCAUGAUAAUAAUAAACUAUACAAAUGGGAUUGCAUUUUGCAGUCUACAAACCUGCUCUUCAAAUUGCUCUGGUAAUUUAACCACAGAGCCUGGUGAUGCCAGUAAUGCAGAGGAUGCUGAUAUUCUUAAAUAUGUCCUUGGUGGAAGUGCUCUUCUUGUGAUCGUCAUGCUUUCAUUUACACUCUUGUGUAUGUGUAAGAAUAAAAAAAGGAAGGAUGACCAGGUUUAUACUCAGGUUGUUAAUAAAGGUGGAAAAAAGAAAUCCAAAUGGAAGCCUAAAGAGGACGGUGAGCUGGUUUACGCCCAGGUUGUUAUAAAAGAAGGCAAGAAGAAACCUAUUCAUGACAAAUCUGUGGUUUAUGAUGAAGUUAAGGGUAAAGACAAGAAUAAUCAACAACAGGAUGACAGCGUGGUUUAUGCUGCUAUUAACAAACGAAGAAAUAUAUAAUUGAAGGCAUUGUUUGAUAUAUAAAUAUAAAUAUAUAUAUAUAUAUAUAUAUAUAUAUAUAUAUAUAUAUAUAUAUAUAUAUAUAUAUAUAUAUAUAUAUAUAUAUAUAUGUGUGUGUGUAUCUGUAAGGAAUAAACCACGACAGGCUGUUCAGUUCUCAUGAAAUAUAUACACGCAUGGAUGGUGAUUUUUUUGUUUCUUAGUUCUUUGCAUAAUAAUUAAAACAUUGUGUUUUAAUGUUUUGAUAAGUCAGUUUUAACUUUCUUUGGCUUUAAGUUUAGGAGCUUCUAUUCAGUUCUAGUUGCUGUUUUGUUUUUACAUAUAAAUUUUGUAUCUAAAAUAUGCAAAGCAAUUGCAUUAAGUGUAUUAAUAAAGUUUUUUUUAUUUUCAUUUUUCUUUUUUUUAAGUAGAUGUGUUUCCUAAUGUGUGUUGUAUACUUUUCUGGUAUUUUCUGAAGUUGAUUGCUGUAAAAUAAUACUCCAUUGCAGUCACACAUUUGUAAUUUAAACUUGGUUAUAUUAAACAUGGUUGACUAUGACA